AUGGCUUAUAAAGGAUCGAUUUAUGAUGCUGGUUCGACUUUUGAAUCUUAUGGUGUUCCUCAUGGAUCUUCUGGUUGUAUUGUACCAGAGAGUCACAAGAAGUUCUUGACCAAUAUGGUAUGGGUCCAUGAAGAGGACAAUGUUUGUACAGAAAGCAAGAAAUGGCUAAAGCAGUGUAAGUUGAUUGCGGUACAUGCUGGUUUGGAGAAAGGGAAUAGUGUAGACGAACAACUCAAGCAUUUGAGAACUAAAGACACAAGUAUCCCAAAAGUACCAUAUCUCAGUGGUCUGGAAAACGUUUGGGACAUCCCACAGGAACUAGAUGAUAAACAGACUGUUGUAGUGAGUGGUCGGUCACCUUGGGAAACUUCUUAUAGAUGGCCUAAGAUUGAUCAUCGAUGA